AUGGUUAUUGAUUCUUCUCCUCUGUCUUUGUCUUUGCCUCAGCAGGGAACCCAGUCCAAGGAAGUGGGGGAGCGAACUGAUCGAUCCGAUGUUGUGGCCUCUGCCACGAAUCCCGACUCGUAUGCUAGAGCGUUAAUGGGGCCGGCAGGCAGGGCCCCAUCUCCGAAUCAAUUAAUUCAGUGGACUCCGGUGGGAGAGCAUGACUUGGUGCCGGAGGAACGAAAUGGAGAACCGACUCUGAGAGUUUCACCUGAUUUUAAGGCUAAGAUUUGUGCCCCAUGGCAACGAACCUUGGUGGUCCGCCUGCUUGGCUUGAGAAUUGGAUUUGUCACCAUGUGUAACCGAUUGAGAGGGCUGUGGCGACCUUGUGGCGCUAUGGAAGUGAAGGAUCUAGAUCAUGAUUGCUUCUUGGUGAAGCUUGACAAUGAACAAGACUAUUUCAGCGCUCUAACAGACGGCCCCUGGGUUAUUCACGAUCACUACCUUGUGGUUCAGAAAUGGACACCCAAGUUCAAGGUUUCGGACCCUCUUCCCAAGAUGAUGAUUGUCUGGGUGCAGCUUCCAGCUCUGAAGAUACACUUCUACCACAAAGAGAGGGUGGAGUAUGAGAAUCUCCCUGAAGUUUGUUUCAAGUGCGGCAAGAUCGGCCACCAGGCUGCAGGCUGCCCGCUGAACAGUCUGGCGGUUCCAGCUGUGGCGGUGAUGGUCGCCGGGAAUGCGUCGCCGGAGCUUGUGACGGCGGAGUCGAUCGAUUCCAACCCAGGAUUUGGACCAUGGAUGAUGGUCACGUGGAAAAGCCGGCGCAAUCCGAGGGAGAACCUACGAAAAGGAAAGUCAACGAAUGAGAUGAGCAAUCAUCUCCCGGGAUUUACAAACAAAACGGGGAAAGGCGGGGGGAUAAUCAAAGAUUCGCCGCAGGUAUUCCAUUCCAUGGCGAACCCUAAUGUUACUCUCCAGCAACGGACUUAUACUCAGGAAAGGAAAGGGAAGAAGGGCGGCGAGGAAGUUAAAAAAGGAAAAGAAAAAGUGGUGGUUGAAAGCAGCGGGCAAGGGGUUGGGCUUCUUGGGCCAGGGCCAAGUCGCCUGAACCCAACAAGUAAGUGUCCGAUCCGCCCCAAAGAGAAUAGCAAUGACAAGCCUUCUACCUCAGUGGCAUCCCUCCAGCCCAAAAUGACCAAGAGCGAAUGGAACGGUGAUGCAGAUUGUGGAGCACCAACAGGAUUCCCAGAACGACUGCGAUAA